AUGGGCAAGUGUAGCAUGAAAAAGAAAGGUGUGGGCAAGAAUGUUGGUGUUGGCAAGAAAGUACAAAAAAAGAGGUCGAUCAGCACCGCUGAAAGGAAGAGAACAAAGUUACAAGUGGAAAAGUUAAACAAAAGUAGUGAAACAAUGAUACCGACGCUGCUGCGGGAGGCAAGUACACAAGAGCCAGCUAAACUGAAAGCUGAGACUACUUUGAAAGCCGAGGAGCUGAUCAAGGACCAGGAAAAGGACUCCAAGGUACGAGAGCAAAUUCGGACAGAAAAAUCAAAAACAAACGACAGCAUGCUGAAGCAGAUCGAAAUGAUAUCCGGCUUUUCCUUAUAG